AGCUCCGCCGCAUUCGAAGCCGUAAACUUCAACCCAAUAGCUUCAACAAUGGCGUCUCUUCUCCUACCUUCAUCUCGACUUCUUCUUCAGAGCCGAAGCCAAUACAAUGACCAACCCCAGCUUCUUCCUCGCUCCGUCCCCCAAACACCAUUUUUCGUUUCUUCACCCUCUCUCCGUCCGUUGAGACCGAGUCGUCUCUCUGUUUCCGCCGCAGCGUCGAAGAAACCAUCGGAGUUGUUCACGGAGGCGGCGUCAGACAGCAAAAAGCAGCCGGCGAAGAAGAAUUUGAGCGAAGAGGAGGAAGUAGAAGAGGAAGUAGAGGAGGAUAUGUUGUGGAUUCAAGAGAAGGCGUUAGACUUAGUCGAGUUCACUGGAUCGGUGACUCAGGCGAUUCCAGGACCCCGAGUUGGAAGUAGCAAAUUGCCGUGGAUGCUCGCCGUGCCGUUGGCCUACGCCGGCGCAACUUUCGUCACUGCCUUCGUCAAAACCGUUAAGAAGUUCUCUUCUCCAAAAGCCCAACGCAAGAAACUGGUGAAUCAAAACGCAAUGCUUUGCAGAUCUAUAGAUGAGCUGUUACAGAAAGAAGGAACACUUCAUAGCUCUGAGCUUAAGGCACUUGAAGAAAAGACUGAGUUUAACAUGGAGGAGAUAUUGCGGAAAUACAUUCGUUAUGCCUUGAAUGAGAAACCGUUCAAUCCCGACCUUGUUGCAAAUCUCAUUCACCUCCGGAGAGCUUCUGGUUUGAAUGAUUCUCAGAUUCCUGAGAUUUUAAAUGAAAUCUCUCGUCGUAUUGUCAAAGAAAAAGGUCCUGUUGUGAUCAAUAUGCAAGGGUUUACAGAAAAGGGAUUCAAGAGAAAACUCGCCGUGCAGGCGCUAUUUGGAAAAAUCUACUAUCUUUCCGAGCUUCCUGACUUCUGCUUAAAAGACAACUCCUUGAUUGUCAAGGAAAUAUUCGGAGUUACAGACGAAGACGCAGAGAAGCUGCGGGUACACGCGCUUUCUGAAGCUGGAGACCUAGACUCACUUGAGAAAAUGGUGGAAUUUGAGAAAGCAGCUGAUUCUUCUUCGGAUAAAGAAGAUUCAAAUGAAGAAGACGACUCUAAUACUACUCGUUAA